AUGACACGAGUCUGUGUAGAGUUGGAUCUUCUCAAGGAACAUCUUAUUCGAAUCAGGCUAGGAGUUGAAGGGGUUACUUACUUUCAAUCAAUCUUCUAUGAGAAUAUGCCUCAAUAUUGUGUUGAUUGCAAGAAAAUUGGCGGUGAUCAGAAUCCGUCGAUGUCAGUCAUUGCCGCCGGAGAACUCCCCCAUUCAAAUGUUGCACAACCAGUCUCAGCCGACAAGAUAGACACCACUGAACACGCCAUCAGGUUGGAACAAGUCUCUUCGCUGUUAGAAUAUCAGGCCAUUGCUCAAAAUCAAGCCAUUGUCGCAACCCAAACCGUAGCUGCAACUGAAACCCUAGUUAUUGAUCUGCCAAUUAUUGAUCCACCUCCGAAGUUGCAAGAAACUGCCGUCGCACAACAAGCCUCUGCAAACAAGAGAGUCAUCGAUGACAUUGCUGCUGCCACUGAACACACCGCACUCUCUUUGCUGAUAGAGCACGAGACCACCGCUGCAAGCCAAGCCCUUGUCGCAACCCAAACCCCUGCUACGAUAGAAGCCCAAUCUGUUGGAAGAGAUGCGGUUGAUCUUCAGCCUCUCCUGAAGCCGCUGCUGUGA